AUGGAGUAUGAGGAAGAAAGACUUAUGCAACUAGUAAAUUCUGGGAAGGCCUGGGAGGAGCAAGUGUCUUGUGCUGAGGACGGUGUGUGCCUGCGUAGUGUGGAUUUUGACCAACCUGAAGGUUCUAAUAAAGACAAUGAGGCGACCAAGACGUUCAUGCUCAGAGACUUUCACUUCCAGGCUGAUAUAACAGGCGGAGCAAUGGACAUGUUUAGUGCUGCAAAUGCACAGUUCUGCUUUGAUGUCUUUCGAGAAAUGAGCUAUGACCACACAACUGAGAAUCUCUUCUUUUCUCCCUUGGGUCUCUUGUCCACCCUUGCUGUGGUGCUUUUUGGGGCCAGAGGUGAGAGUGCCUCUCAGAUAGAAAAGAAAUAUUCAGACUGUAUGGAGCAAUUAUACAAAGUGAAACCUGAAAAUUUGGAUUUCAAAAGCAAUAUAGAAGACACCAGAAUGCAGAUUAACUCAUGGAUUGAAAACAAAACAAAAGGUGAGAUCAAGGGCCUCUGGUCCUAUGACGACAUCAUGUAUUCCGAUGAGCUGGUGCUGAUCAAUGCUGUCUCCUUCCAAGGGAAAUGGAAACACGUGUUUCAGAAAGACCAAACCAAGACUAUGGUUUUCAGGCUGGAUGAGUCCCAGAGCAAACCUGUGCAGAUGAUGCAGUUGCAGGGUGUCUUCAAGCUUGGCUCCAUACAGGAGGCUGGGGUGCAGGUACUAGAGAUGCCAGAUGUGGAAGGUCACCUGAGUCUGGUCAUCAUCCUGCCUACAGAGAACGUGAGCCUGGGACAGGUCCUGAGAGAAAUCACUUAUGAGAAGCUGAAAAGCUGGAUCAGCCCAACAAAUAUGGCAGACACUGCUGUGGACCUGCAUCUUCCCCAGCUUAGACUGGAUGGCUGCCAGGGAGACUACACUUCUAUCUUGGCGACCUUGGGAAUGACUGAUGUCUUGGACCCCUCAGUGGCUAACUUGUCAGGCAUAACUGUAAGAGGAGGCCUCGUGGUGUCCAGGAUAAUCCACACAGCCAUUCUAAAGGUCACUGAAGAUGAUUAUGUGUUAUCACCUGCCAACUCAGCAGGCCAAGUGAAAAAUCUCCAGGUCUUUCAGGUGGACCAUCCUUUCCUCAUCUCUGUCCUACAGAAGGACACAGAGGCACUUCUUUUCUAUGGUGUAGUAUCCAACCCUUAA